AUGACCGUCAAUCAGGUCGCAGAUAGGUUUGGGCGCGUCCCCAUUGGUGCUCGUCAAUAUGUCCGGAUUGUCAAUGUCUACGGUGCAAAAUCCUGCUCCGCCUGGUCCAAUGCCGUGGAUCUGAGCUUCUUCGGAGAUUGCUCUGGCGCUGAGUCGGUCUUCCUCCACGAGAAUUCCCACAACCUCGACUACUGGGUUGCCGGCGGCGGCUCGUGGUAUUCGCAGUCACAAGACUGGAAGGACACGGUCGCAAAGGGGUCGUGCGUUGCGGACAACUACGCCAAAACCACCUACACGGAGGCCUUUGCUCAGGUCGGCGUGAUGGACUUCUACAACGCCAACGUAGGAUCCAUCUGGAACUGGAAUGUGGGCUGCAUGGCUGAUCAGGUCGGCCGCACCAUCGAGCUGCUUGGAGAUAGUGUUGCCUAUAGUUCUUCGCGGACCUGCAGCAGGGUCUGGCGUCACAGCACGCCAAUUUGCAUGGGCCCUGCGGCUGCCGAUAGUGGCUAUUGUCCUAGCCGCAAGACCCCACCGGCUCCUACAGACCCGAGCAUUUCCGUCGCGGAGGGUGAACCUGUUAUGGAUGAGAUUGUUAAGACCAUGAAGCGUGAAGCUGAGGUCAGCGCUGGAAUUUUGAAGAAACGUCAGUUUUCGGCCUAG